AUGCUUAGCGUUCUUUUCAAGCAGGCGCAGGCUACCGGUCUGCCACCCCCACCGGCCUGCGUCUCUCCUGAACCAGUUCCAGGUGACGACGGCAUCUGCAGCGCUGAACGCAUCCUCUCCUUUGCUCGCAAUGUCCAGCGCGAGGGCAACUUUCUCGCAGUCGCCAAUCAGUAUGCGAACCUCGUCAACAACCAGCUUACUAGGGUGGUGUAUGCCUCCGAGGGCGACAUCAAGAUAUUAAAUGCGUUGAUAACCAGUCUGAGGAGCUGCUGUCAGCAGGUGUACAUCAAAGAGGCAAACACCAAUGCGGACCGGGAGGCUGCUUCCAAGCCUCUAUGUCAUGUCAAUUUGGCGACCUGCGAGCAAGCAAAAAAAGCCUGCAGUGCCUUGCACGACGUGACCGAAGCACUGAUUACAUGA